AUGUCGGGCGAACCACUCACCAAGGUCGACUCCGCCGUCCAAGGCCUCGAAGCCACAUCACCCCCAAAGGAGAGCCACAUCCACAAGCACCGACGAGCAAGCUCGACUGCCAAUGGGGUCAUGAACGUCAACGACCUGGAGGCUCAAGGAAUUGACCUCCAGAUUGCCAAGGAGACGCAGAUGUUGGGGUGGAAGGUCAACACCUCGCCUACGUCGAUAGACGACAAGGACUACCUCAAGAUGAUGCUCACAACACCGCCAGUCAAGAAGAUUGACCUCUACUUUAAGACGGGGUUGCACGUAACAGCACGGAAUCUCAAGGGGGUAACCAUCAAGGACGCCAUGGAUGCCAUCCACAAGUCGUUCAAGAAGAGGCCGGAUGACGAGCUACCCGAACCAUACCUCAAGGGCUUCGAGUGGGACAAGGAGGAGUCGUGGACAUCACUCUUGGUACACUUGUCGACGAACGCUGGCACCAAACCCGCGGGCGGCUCCUCCAAGAAGAAGAAGAAGGCUGCUGCCGCCGAGGAAGAGGCUGCUUAAGCCGUUCCCAGUCUCGUCCAGACCAGCUUGGUCUGCAUCUGCUAUCCUUGUCAUUGGUUCAUCGGUGAUGGUGAUAAUGACGGGACCAUAAUAUGUAUCAUUAAUGAUUCCCUGAUGGCAGGCUGGGGUUGAUCCCCCAUGUCGCCAGCGUCUUUGGCUUUCGGUGUCGUUCUGG